AUGGAAAGUGAACGAAUUGAACAAAAUCAUCAAGAUGAAAAAGAUGAUAGUGGAAUUGAACAAGAUAAUAGUUUCAUUUACAUUCGAAUAUCAGUUGAAGAUCAUAAUCUUCAAAAAGUGUUAAAGUUCAAUUUCGAUGAUACAGUUUGGAGUGCAAAACAAAAAGUUUUACAAGUUCUUGUUCGAGAAUUGACGGAUCCAUUGAAUUUCGGUUUAUAUUUACCGCCUUGUAAUGGUCGUGCGGGAAAAUUUCUUGAUGAAUCUCGUUGUUUAAGAGAAUAUCCACUUAAUGGACCUGUCAGUUACUUAGAAUUCAAAUACAAACGUCGUGUUUAUAAAUCAAUUCAUCUCGCUCAAAAGAAUAUCAAUUUGAAAGUUAAUCUGAAGAAAUUCGUCGAAUCAGUGAAAAAUAAUCAGAUUUCGAAAGUAUCGAGAUAUUUGGAGAAAGGUUUCGAUCCGAAUUUUCACAUCUCUGAUGAUGAAACUCCAUUGUCUAUAGCGUGUGUUGAUCUUCUGGAACCUCGAUCGAUGAUAUUAACUUUAGUCAAUGGUGGUGCACAUUUAGAUUUUCGUAUUCGUAAUGGAGGUUUGACAUCUCUUCAUAAAUCUGCGAUUUCGAAUCGAAAAGAAGCAAUUAUUACUUUACUCGAACUUGGUGCAUCUCCGAAUGUUUAUGAUGAAAAGAAUUUAACUCCUUUAUAUUACACAAUCUUAAACAAACAACCUGAAACGAAUAAUGAUUCGUCAUAUUGUUGUUUAUUGUUAUUACAAGAUCAUUCGAUAUUAAAUUGUCGCGAUGAUAAUUCUUCGACAGAAUUGCAUCAAGCUUGUCGACUUGGACUUAUUCAACAUGUUGAACAUUUACUUUUCUUUCGUGCGGAUAUCAAUGCAAUGAAUCAUGGAGGAAAUACUCCUUUACAUAUCUGUGCAGCGACCAAUCAGGAAGUUUGUGCUCGUAUUCUUCUCUAUCGUGGUGCAGAUACAACUAUUGUGAAUAAAUCGAAUCAAACACCUUAUGAACUUGCAUUGAUCUCUGAAAAUCAUUCGAUUGCAUUAUUAAUUCAAUCACAUAAAUCGGAAAACGUUGUUCCAUUCUGUGAAAUACCUUUAAUUAAUCCAAAACGUCGUUCAAUUUAUCUUGAACAUCAACGAAAUAAACAUCGAACCCGUUCUUCAUCAAAUACAACACCAUCAUCAUCUUCUUUAGCUAGUCGAUCGCAAAGUAUGCCGAAAUUCUCAGCGAAUAAUUCGACAAUACGACAAAGUCAAUCACCAACUAUUGAACAUUAUUUUCAACAACAAAAUCCAUCGAGCCGAUCGUCAUCACCGAAAUCUUUCAGUGAUCAAGGUUUAGGAAGCGAAUGUACUUCACAUUUCUCAUCGAAUUCACCGAAUGUAACAAAUGGAGAUUAUACGUAUAAGAGGAAAAGAUUGUACGCGGCUUCGCCUGGAAGAAAAUGUAUGUGUAUUAAAUCCUAUCGGACAAAUUUACCGGGAGAAUUAUUAAUGAAUAAAGGAGAUAUUGUUGAAAUUUUAAGUGUAGGAGAAAAUGGAUUUCUCGAAGGUAAAUGCAAAGAUUUAGAAGGAUGGUUUCCAAGUCAUCAUGUACAAGAUAUUUCAAUUUUUAAAACUGGUGAAGUGAUUCAUAAUGAUCAAAUUGUUAUUAGUCGUGAUACUUUAUCAGCUUUAAUGAUCAAUAGUGAUAGUUACAGUCCACGAACAAUUGUUUUACAAAGAGGAAAGAAAGGCUUUGGAUUUGUUUUACGUGGAUCUCGAGUCGCUGGAAAAUUAUUUCAACCAACUCCAUCAUUUCCUGCUUUACAAUUUCUUGAUAGUAUCGAAAAAGGAAGUAAUGCCGAUAAAGCUGGUCUAAAACAAAAUGACUAUGUUCUCGAAAUCAAUGAUAUCAAUGUUAUUUCAAUGCCUCAUGAAGAAUGUGUAAAUUUAAUUAAACGAGCAGGUGAUACAUUAGCUUUGAAAGUCAUAACCGCGAAUCCAAUUCCGCUCGUUCAUUCUCAUUAUCAACACAUUGAAUCACAUUUUCAUCAACAACAAGUCGCUUCUCAAUCAUUACCACAUCGACGAAAAGCACCACUUCGACCAGGCCUUGAACAACAAUUCACUGUAUCUUCAUCAUCAGCAUCGAAAAUAUCACCUUUUCAUUGUUUACUUAAUUCUUCUCAAUCGGGAUCUCUGAUGUUAAAGAGAAAAGAGCAACAGAAGAUCUUAGAAGAUCUUGAUCGAACAUUGAAUGAAUAUGAAUACGGAACGAUCAAUGUUUCUUCAGUCGAAACUCGCGAAGAUUAUUUAACAAUGUCGAAAUCAAUCAAUGAAAAUUCACCAAAAAUCAAACCUUUAGUUCCUGAACGUGAUUCUUCACUUUAUGAAACGUUUCCUUCUUCUCGAACAUUAAAUCGUCAAUCUCCGUCAUCACCAAACGUUCGUUGUAAUUCGAAUUCAUCAUCAAAUGAAGCCGAUGAAGAAUCUUCAUUGUCUUCAUUGAACAGUACUCAUCAUCCAUCGAAAACUGAUGAAUCGAAUUCGAAUAUCUAUAUGAGUCCAUCUACAACAAACAUGUCAACAUUCAAAAUAACAAAUUCGAAACCAAGUGAAGUGAAAAAACGAUCGAAUAAUCGAAAACAAACCUAUGCAACAUUGAAUUCCAAUAAUAAUAAUAAUAAUAAUUCUGGCAAUCUUUCUGAGAAUGAAAUUCUUUCUAUUCCACCACCUCCUCCAUUACCAGAGAAUUUCGAUUUACCGAAGAAAACUGAAACGGCAAUUCCUUUAAUAAAAUCUUCCUCUGAUUUUCAAAAUCAACUCGAAGAAGCGAAGAUUCGUUUAAACAAAUGUUCCUCCCCGAAGAAAACAACAAUGAAAUCCUCCUCAAACGAUUCACCUAAGACUUCUUCAUUUCAUCCAAAUGAAUUCAAAAAUAUUAUCAUUGAAGAUUUAUCUCCUUCGAAUGCAUUUCCACCUCCACCAUCUCCAACGACACUUCAACGUUCAAUUGCAUCGUUAACUCCACCCUCGACUUCAUCCGUAGUGGAUCCGAGAUUAGAUGUGAAUUUUUCAGCUGUUAUCGCUCAACGAGCGGCAGAAGCUAAAGCGCGUCGAUGUGAAAAUCCAAUUGGAUUUGAGUUUAAAUCGAAUGGUUUACCACCAUCAACCACGUUUUUCAACAACUGCGUGACAACAAAUGGUGUUCCAAAGAAUUUCUCAACGAAUGAUGCUGUGCGUCCACAACGUUUUAGUACAGCAGCUCAUCAAUUACUUGAAAAUUUGAAGCGUCGUGGUGGAAGUACAAAUUCAUCAACGAUUGGAUCUUUUGUAAAACAAUGUAAUGAACAAACAUCGACAUAA